CGACUUGUCCACAACGUUGAGGACGUGGACACCUAAGUGUUUAUGAUGUUGCCCUUACAUGAUAUACAUGCCACCGCGCGUGAUUCGCAUGCUCAAUGCGCUCUAAAAGGACAUCCUGACCGACAGAUAUGAUAGUUUGACCAGGCAGUGAGGAAAUGAAUGAUACCCGGAAUAAGUCAAAAUCAACGAGGCUCCUCUCGUUUGAUUCCGACGUCUCUCUAAAAACCAAGCAACGAACAUUUUUCUUGAAGCGUCAGUUGAGAAGUCCCGGCCAUCGUACAAAGAUAUUGCAAUUGUUCCAAGCUUCAUCCCUCAAGUUGCAAUGGGGUAUUCAUCCAGCUCAGAAACAUCCCCAACAUGUAACCCGGGCUGAUAGAUCGUUAAUUUCACCUUCAAGCCGACAAGUAUCAACGCAUAAACAUGUUUCCGGGAUUUCGGAACACAAGAGUCAUCCUCAGGAACAACCGACUGUUAUAUCUAGUAGAAUCUCUACAGCUGGACAAACUGCGGAACGUUCAAAUUCGAGUGAAACGUCGCUACAUGAAUUGUCACUAUCAGGGCCGCCUUUCAAAGAUCUUCCUGUUCUGCCAACGCUUUCACCCUGUCCUAGAGAUCAACGGACUCAAUGCUUUGUACUUUCCAUUCAAGGUAGUAUUUCUGGAAGACUCAGCGCCUGUUACUACCGCAACUUGUGAAAUUGAUAAAUUACCGAAGAUGAAGAUCGAGACGACAUAGAACAAAUUUGAAGGGGCCAUCUGCAUCGACAAAGGACCAUAGAGCGGCAGAAGCUCUCUUUGUCAAGGAAUCUU